AUGAAUACUGACCAGGAAAAAGUUCUAAAAUAUUUGAUUUCAGUAGAAAAGCUCGCUGAAGAAAUAUUGUCGGAUAGGCGUGAAAUUGUAAUGCUAGAUGCAAGAAGAAAUCACAAUAGAGAAGCAUUGCGCGACAUAUCGAAAUCACAGCAAAAAUGUUGGGUGACUGUAGGAUCCGUUUUAAUUAAACAUAAUUUAGAAGCAACAAAGAACCUCCUCGAAGCUGAUCAGAAACAGUUAAAUAUAGACAUUAAUAAACUGAGAAGUGAUCUUAAAAUGAAGGUAAAUAACUUGAGAGACCUAGAAAUGCAGCCUCCCGUACCUGGAUUAAUGUUAGUACCAAUGUCUCAAAAAGAAACUGAAGGGAUGACAAGCGCUGGACUGUUCUCAUCAUGA